AUGGCGAAGAGUGCACGAGCAAGCAGCAAAAAAGCCAACCACACCAAGCUGCGCGCCCGCGUCUUUGGGCCCGCCGAGAAAGCCCGCGCCGAGCGCAUCCACGCAAAGCUCCUCGAGACCAUCAACCAGCCCAAGCCCGAAAAGACGGCCAUGGAUGUCGACGAGACAUCCACUACGGAAGCAAAGGACGAGGAGGACUUGCCAAAAGGUUCGUCUUUUCUAACUGCUGCCUCCAUACCUCGCUCCCUGUCCGACACCAACACCACCAACACCACUGCCGCCAAGCGUGUUGAUGCUGCACAAGAAGACCGUGAACUGCGGAAUCUGUGCUUCCAUCUCGGGCUCUGCUCCGAUAUCGUUGGCUUCGACCAUGCCGGCCGUCUUCAGCUCGCCUUUGACCCGCUUCCACCACACUGGUUGAUCGACGGUUCCGUUUCGGCCACCGCCGCCAAGAAGCUGCGCAAGAACAAGGACAAGAGCCAGACUCGGAAGCAGCUGCGUAGAAAGCCCCAGAACAGGGUCACUUUCCCUACCUCGCGUGGCAAGGGCGCCUUGAAGCCUUACAACGGAUCGCGUGUUGGUAAGAAGAGGACAUGA